AUGGCGACGCACCGUGAAGCGAAAAACUCGACUUUCUCGUACGUCGAGCCGAUGCCAUGGCCGAAGGAUGUGCCGCAGGUAGAGGAGGUCGGCACAACCUCGGCGCCCUUGAAAUCGAUUGCCUUCUUUUUCGGCCAGUACUGCAAGGACUAUACCGAAGACUUUAUGCUCUGCAAGAACGAAAACCGGGACCCGGAGCACUGCUUGCUGGAAGGCCGAAGAGUGACGCGCUGUGCGCAGGACUUGAUCAAGAAGAUUGGCGAUAAGUGUGGUAAGGAAUGGGAUGCCCACUGGCAGUGUCUCGAGAAGAACAACCAGGAAUACAUGCCCUGCAGGUCGCUGGAGCGCCCGCUCAACAAGUGUGUUCUUGAGCAGCUUAACCUCGUCAAGUCGAUCCCUGGCUCGCCAGAGGGCAAGCCCCAGAUCCACGAGAAGACGAACCCUGUCGUGUCCCGACUUCAGAAGUAG